AUGUUCAGAAAUUGGGAAAACGACGCAGCUUUGCUCCCAGGAUUGAAAUACGAGUACACUGAACUUGAUCGAGUAAGAAAGUCAUGCUCAAUGAAAAAGGCUGUCAGAAUGGAGGGAAUGCAAUACCCAGAUGGGCAUUCUUAUGAUAAGAGGUUUGAUAUGUCUUCUGAUGCGGGGUACGAGACAAUUGCUAAAGCUGACAAGAGAACCAAUGACCCCUUGAAUAUCAGCUACAAGUUGAGCUUCAACCCAUCUUCGGUAGCAAAAUUGGGUGGUUGGUUUUCACCUCUCAAUUUAUCGAUGAGUCCCCAAGGUCAAGUUGAGAUUACAGCAGAAGGGUUGUAUGAUGAUGAAACAGGACACCUCUGCAUGCUAGGCUGCAGAAAAUUGAGUUCAUCCACUCAAGAAUCAAGAAAAAAUUCCUUUAGACUGAGAUUCCUGUGA